UCUUCUGUGCUAACAUAUAUUGACUUUGACAUGAUAAUCAGCUUUGAAUGUUCUUUUUGUAAAUGUAAAGAUAUCUUUUUAUCCUUGGAAGUAUAACCACGUGAUUAAUUAAAUGCUUUUUUUUUGUCGCAAACUACCGUGAGUCGCUGUCACUGUUUUAUACUAUUACUUACUCGGGCAGUGCAUUUGUUAUUAUGCUAUGAUGCGAGUGUUAUUAUGCUAUGAUGCACUGGAGGCUCGUUAAUAGGGGCGAUUUGGGCGAUGCACUCCCAAACAGGGAGGGAGAUUUUUUUUUUUUUUUUUUUAUCACUCCUACUACCACAGCAACAGUAAUGUCAUUGUCCAAUCAGGCUAAGGUCGCGCCUGGUGUAGCCACGCCCUUUUGGGGCGAUUUCUGUCAGGUUCAGAUUUGCCCCAAAAUCUCCCAUUGACACUAAUGGUGCGUACGUUUUUUUCGAAAAUCAUGCUCCCAAUGCAUUUUCUAUUAGGUUUUAUGUGCUCGCACAAGCAGCGUGCUUACCCCAGAUAGCAGAGGGACGUUGAAACGGCGCCGAUUCUUGGUCAGAAUGGUCGGUUUCCGUCGUAAGUCAGAAAAUCAACGCUGAAACGGCACCGUGAAACGUCGAUUUCUCCGCCGUCGGAGAAGGUCGAUUUAUCACUGUUGAAUCACCGUGGGUAAAGGUUGAUCUGUCGACCGUCAGAGAAGGUCGAAUAUACGAUGUUGAACCAUCAUCACUUUUGCCGGCCAGUUUUCAACAUUGGUAGGAUGAGCAACUAAUUGUUCAGAAUAUAAAUUGCCACUGUUUGUCUUAUCCUGCUUACACAUAGAUACGAGUAAAUGAUAUAAGUAUAAGUGAUCAUGAUAAGUAAAUGAUAAAAAAAGAAGAAAAACCAGUUUACUUUCUUAACUCAGCAAUGGAUUUGACCUUCUAUCUUUGAAAGUUUUUUUUGCAAAUAACUUAACAUUUCCAAGAUGAUCAUAAAUUAAUUCUGGUGUGACCGGGUGUAAUAUUGAUGAUUUUUGUUUAUUUCAACGCAUAUAAACCCAUUUACUGAUACACACACACACACACACUCCCUCCCAGUGGGGGGAGCACUGAUGUUUAAGUGGAGCUUGGACUCUUAGAUCGUGAGCGGAAGCCACAAGCAGGGGAGGGGAUGGGACUAAAAAGGAAGAGAACAUUUUGAACCUUUUUGGACGGAGCAUGUGGGGAGUUGUUCUGCUGGUAGCCUAAGGCUAAUUUUAGGCCGAGCUGACUCCUGGCAUGGCUCAUGCGUGUAGCUCCUUGGUCACUGGGUGUGUUUUGACUGCAAAGAGGCGAACAUUGAGGCGAGCCCGUGCUCAGCAGGCGCCCCACUGCGAGGAAAGAGGUGAAUAUUGAGGCGAGCCCGUGCUCAGCAGGCGCCCCACCGCGAGGAAAGAGGCGAAUAUUGAGCGAAUCCGUACUCAACCGGCGCCUCACUGCGAGGGAACAACUGAGAGAAUUAGGGACAGGCUCGCGUACGUACUGGCCUCUGUGAACAUCACGCCAUCAAGGAGUAGCUCCGUAGGACCACCAGUGUACCAGGUCGUUGGAUGUCCCACGCUGUCCCAUAAUGCAGUGCGAUUACCACUGCUGUUUACUGGAUGACGUCAUUUUCGUAUAUACCUGGGUGCAUGUGAAACUCCCACACCACUCGGUUGGAUCGCGACUCUCUUGUGGAUCAGCCUGCUGUUACGCUUAGACCAUUGAGAAAAACACUGGACCACGCUACAUCUUCAUUCAUCCCUGGACAUCUGACCACUACCCCGUCAUUCCCUCAAAAGGUACUGCAGACAUUUAUUUCUUUAGGGAAGAGAACAUGGCUUCUUAUUGGUCAAAAAGAAGACGUGUUGUGACAGCUACUGAAAUGUCAGAAAGGCAGAUUCUGUCCGAUUUUGAGUCAGCUCUGGGUAAUCCUGCUGCUCAAGUCUCUCCUUCAAUUGCAUCACCCAGGCCUGCAUCAUCAAUGGGUUUAGAUGAGGAUGGUGGGGAUUCUGUUGAGUUGGGAGGGUGCAGUAAUGCAGAGUCUGACAGCAGUAGCAUGUCUUCAGAGGGUGACACACACAAAGAAACACAUCUUUACUUAUGCAUUAGAAGGAAUCUGGACAGUUGGAGUACUCCAGCUGGAUGGCAGGCACUAACUAUCCUUUCCAUGGAGUACUUUUUUUAUUUUUUUUUAUUAUAGAUGGCACAGAUUUGGAAAGUUGUGGAAUUCCAAGACCGGAGUGCAGCAGAUGUGCCGUCCAGCUGGGUGGUAGAUGUUGACGGAGAAGUGGGAUGCUACUGGCCACCCUUUGGCGGAAACAAAGCUGUGAAGGCCGCCAUGAACUGCACCCCCCUGGGACAAGGAUGGCGAUUCCAUCAAAAAAUAAGGGUGCUGGCAACCUGUGCACCUUUGCCAAAGCAAGACGUUACCUGACCCGAUCGCUUGAGGAAGGCUGCCUUACAGCAGACCUGCAAUCGGAUGAUGGUGAGAUGGGGCCAAGGAAAAGACGACCAAACAAAAGGUAUUUGGAGGAGGACAGCGAGGAGGAGGCAGGACCAAGCCGUAGGGGGAGGAGGCCACCAUCUAUUGACGCCACUCAGCUGGACAGCGAGUGGCAAUUCCCCUCCCUUAAUGAAGACACCCAGCCAGGCCUGUUUCUUCACAGCCAGCCAUUAACUCAUGGAGUUGCUCCCAGCCACUGGUUCAGAUAUGUGGAUGACACCUUGGUUAAAAUCAAAACCCAUGAAGUGGAAGCCUUCUCUAAACACGUCAAUGCAGUGGAUAUCAACAUCAAUUUCACUCGGGAGGACAUAAGUGGGAAUAAUCUAGCCUUCUUGGAUUGUGAUGUACACAUUAGACAAGACAGAAGCCUUAGCAUCGAGGUGUACCGGAAACUGACACACACGGACCAGUACCUACUCUUCGACUCUCACCACCCACUGGAACACAAAUUGGGGGUCAUUAGCACCUUGCAACACAGGGCUCAGAACAUCCCUACAAUGGUAGAGGGAAAAGAGAAGGAGCAGAAUCACAUCAGGAAAGCACUUCAGAACUGCGGGUAUCCCAACUGGUCUUUCUUCAAGAGCAGAAAAAGGAACAUAACGGACAAGGAGGAUAACAGGAACAAACGCAAGAACAUUGUCAUUCCCUACAUUUCUGGUCUAUCUGAGAAACUCCGGAGGAUCUGCUACAAACACAACAUUCCGGUAUGUUUCAGACCCAGUAACACCCUGAAGCAGAAACUGGUCCACCCUAAGGACAGAAUACCCAAACACAAACAAGACAACGUAGUGUAUGCAAUUCAGUGCAGUGAGGAAUGCACGGAUUCGUAUAUUGGUGAAACCAAACAACCACUUCACAGGCGUAUGGCUCAACACAGGAGAGCCAGUUCCUCAGGCCAGGACUCUGCUGUCUACCUUCAUCUCAACAACAAAGGACACUCAUUUCAGGAUUGCAAAGUAUGCAUUUUAGCCAUUUAUCCAUUUAUGUACUUUUAA